AUGCACAACGACACGGCAGUGCACAAGUUCCGGUUCACAAUCGACCAACUCCGCGUGCUCGCUGUGGCUCUACGACUGCCAGCCUUUAUCAGUACACCGAGCUCCGAUCAAGUGGUGUCGCUCGAGGCACUUGCAAUCUUGUGUCGACGCCUGACUGAGCCCUGUCGACUUUUCACCAUUGCAGAUGAAUUCGGGCGUUCCGUCGAGGCCUGCAGCCGCAUCGUCCGCGCAACCGCAACUUCUCUGUACAAGACUUGGAGCGAUGUGAUCCUCUUUCACGAAGCCUUGCUCAUAGACCGAGUUGAAAUCUAUUCCGGUGCGAUCGAGUCGAAGAGUGGCCUCAGAGGGUUGCACACCUGUGUUGCGUUCAUUGAUGGGGCGAAGCAGUACAUCAGCCGUCCGUCGGCGCGAGCAGAAGGUCAAGAGCAGGUGAACCUUCAACGUUCGGUGUACAACGGUCACCCCCGUCGCCAUUGUCUGAACUGGCAAGGCAUCACCGCUCCUGACGGCAUCAUCAUCAGCAUGUAUGGGCCGGUAGAGGGGCGACGCCAUGAUUCCACUAUGCUCUCCGUGAGCCGCAUACUGGACAGGAUGAAGGAAGACGGGGUUCUGUCACGCUACUGA